AUGGUUUUAAAACGAUUUCGAAAGCCCGAAACUGGGCUUGCAGCUUUGAAGUCAUUCAACUACGAGAAGUACCUGAAGAAAGUCGGGCUAGGCAAAGAAGACCACCAUUUCUGGAAGCAAGUGGGCAAGGCCCUGUUGUGCACGUACGCCCUCUUUGGCGCUGGUUGGCUCCUGAACGAGACAUCGCCUUUCGGCUGGUGGAAUUUGAAGCCCAGAACCAAGGAUGAAAGGGAUCUGGCCCGUACGUACGAGCGCAGGAAUUUCCCGUACCCAGGUGAUGCAGAGGCUAUGGAGGACUUCAUUACUAAAGGAGGGAUGAUUGGUACGACUAUUGGGCCCAAAGGGAUCAUGGACACCGAUAAAGAUUCGUACAAUUAUCAGAAGGAAUUGCAGGACAACAAGUUCGACCAGGAGGCUUUGAAGCUGUGGAUGAGGAUGAGGAAUGAGGUGAUAGCCGAGUUUCAAGAAAAAGGUUUUGAUGUUGAAUGA